AUGUUCAAUAUUUUUGAAUUAUCUGAAUGUGUAUCUAAUUCUGUGUUUCAGUCGUGGGUAGACUGGUUUUCCAGUGAAGUGAUGAUUCACCCCCUUUCAAACCAACCCGAACACAAGAGGAGCUUUAUACCCUCCAAAUGGGAAAAACUCAAGGUGGGUCAGAUGGUGCAUGCCCUGAAGAUGGGCUGGAUGAAACCUAGCAAGCCAGAUGAUGAAAAAGAUGAGGAGGAGGAUGACGAGCCAAAUUUCUACAUGAUCUGGAAUGAUGACGAUGACUCUGAGAUGAACAAGCGAUACCGCCAGCAUAUCCCGGCGCCAAAGACAUCACUGCCUGGGCACGCAGAGAGCUACAAUCCUCCACCAGAGUACCUCCUCACUAAAGAAGAGGAAGAGCGUUGGAAAGACAAAGACCCAGAGGAUAGAAGAGUCAACUUCAUACCCAAGAAGUUUUCCAACCUACGCACUGUUCCUGGUUACUCCACAUUUAUACAGGAGAGGUUUGAGCGAUGCCUGGAUCUGUACCUGUGUCCAAGACAGAGGAAAAUGAGGAUGAAUGUUGAUCCAGAAGAUUUGAUACCCAAACUGCCCAAACCCAAAGACCUUCAGCCUUUCCCUACCACACAGUCAUUGAUCUACAAGGGACACACAGGCAUGGUACGUUGUGUGACAGUUGACCCUAGCGGUCAAUGGAUAGCGAGCGGUGGAGACGAUGGAACUGUUAGGGUUUGGGAAGUUUCAACAGCCCGGUGCUUGAAGACGACGCUUGUCCAUGGAGGAGGGAAAGUCAAGUGUAUAGCAUGGAAUCCAAACCCUGCUGUAUGCCUGGUUGCUGUUGUGAGCGACCGAAGCGUAAUGCUGCUGAAUCCCGGAGUCGGAGAUAAACUCCAGCUGUCCAAUACAGACACCAUGCUGGAACAGACACAGCCUGUUGACAACCAAGAUGCCAAGGUUCCUGUUGCAUGGAACGUGUGUGAAGGGAAAGAGUUUGAAGCAGGCUUUCGACUGAAUCUCUCACACGGACAUGACGUCUCCCAGGUGACAUGGCAUUCCAAGGGAGACUACUUCGCCACGGUAAUGCCCCAAGGACAAUCGCGAUCAGUGCUUAUACACCAGUUGUCACGGAAACGCUCACAAAACCCGUUCUCCAAGUCCAAGGGCAUUGUACAGUGUGUGAGAUUCCAUCCACUGAGACCUUUCCUGUUUGUUGCAACACAGAGGUUUGUGAGAGUUUACAAUCUGCUGAAACAAGAGCUGAGCAAGAAGCUGAUGACCAACUGCAAGUGGGUGUCCAGUCUUGCAGUGCACCCUGAAGGUGAUAAUCUGUUAAUUGGCAGCUAUGAUAGCAGGUUGAGCUGGUUUGACCUGGACCUUUCCACCAAACCGUACCAGACUCUCAAACACCACAAGAAAGCGAUCCGUCAAGUAUGUUAUCACCGUCGUUACCCAUUGUUUGCCUCUGUCAGCGAUGACUGCUCCAUCAUUGUGUGUCACGGAAUGGUCUACAAUGAUAUGCUACAAAACCCAUUGAUUGUACCAGUGAAGGUCUUACGAGGACACACGCCAGAAAAAGACGUUGGCAUCCUAGACUGUGUGUUCCACCCGACACAACCCUGGAUUUUCUCUGCAGGGGCAGACUCAACCAUUAGACUGUUUACUUGAGAUUGGCUGUUUUACUGUGUUAUAUAAUAUGAACUGUUAUUUUACCGGUAAAUUUUUGCUGGGAUGAAGAUGAAAAUUGUGUUCAGAUGCUCUCGGUUGGUUCAUUUUGUAAAUAGAAAAUAUGAACUGUUGUCGUUUUGAACUCUCGAGGGAUAAAAUGGUGAAUAUUGCGGAUGUUUUAUCCUUGUUAGUUAUGUGCGUUAUAUAGAGUACUGUAAUUGUUUUGAACUCUUAUGCUUCUAAACAAAACAGUUUCAGAAUUAAAUGAUGAAAAAGUACAGAAUAAUCAGAUUUGUACAUUAACGACCAGGUUGAUAAAUUCAUUCUGUGUAAAUUUGGUUUGUAAUAAAUUGUAAGAUGCCAUUUUGCACAACCAAGAGAAUCAAGACGUCCUUUUAUCAGCAAUUAAUAGUAUACCUUUACUUUGCUGGAACCCUAGACGACUUGAGAAUCAAGGCGUCACUUUCAUCAGCAUUCAACCUGUUCUUGUUACAAUGACGUACAUGUAAUAGCUACGCUCCAAGUAAUAAACAUUUCAUUUGUGAAACAGGUCUUGUACUAUAUAUUGAUGAAGACUUGAACAAUAUAUAUGGUCCUGGUUGCAUCAGCAAUAACAAGAGCACUGCGGAGAACUA